GACUGCUCGUUCAAUAAUUCAAAGCAUUUGUCCAUCUCCUGCGUAGAGAAGGCGACAAAACAAUCAUCUACAUAUCUGCAGUAGAGUAGUGCGUCAGGCUCUGAUCGUUGGCCGUUGGAAUACGUCUUUGUUUUGGCAAAAGUCUUCGGCAAUGAUUAUCACCUUUCGACAACUAGUUAUCGACGAGCCUUGUUCUUUUCAGCUCUUCCAACUGAUCACUCGCCGACAUCGUUACAUCUCACUGGACAACGCAAUAGAGUGCUUCAUCUACUCGUCGGCUAUCGUCUCAGUCGUCGACCUGUCACCAUGUUCAAGGACUACGGGCUUAAGAAUGAACUGGCAAUGGCUUGUGGCUGCUGUUUGUGCCUUUCUCUCGUGGAUGAACUUGCUGCUGCUCAUACGGAAACUACCCAGAUUCGGCAUCUAUGUGGUCAUGUUCUUCGAUGUGCUUCGAACGUUCUCGAGAUUCUUCAUCGUAUUUGCAUUGUUUGUUGUGGCAUUCAGUAUUGCAUUUUUCGUGAUGAUGCAAAACAGGCCUGAGUUUUCGUCGGUGCCAUCUGCUGUGCUCAAGACUACGGUUAUGAUGAUCGGCGAGUUUGAAUUCACUGCCAUUUUCCAUGGCGACGCCGAGUCACAUCCAGAACGGCUGUUCGGACACGCUAUUGCUUAUCUGAUUUUCCUUUUUUUCUGUGUGAUCAUGACGAUUCUUCUUAUGAAUCUGCUGGUUGGCUUAGCUGUUGACGACAUCAAAUCGGUUUUGGAGGAAGCAAAAUUAAAGAGGCUCAGCAUGCAAGCCGAUCUGGUACUUCAAAUAGAGGCCUCGAUACCCUAUAUUCGCAAGCUGACGAGUCGAUCUUCGGUUCGAAUCUAUCCAAAUCGAACGAGUUUCCUAAAACGGCUGCGGAAUCGCUUCGGAUUCGAUUCGUCCACCACCGUGCUCAUGGAGGAGGACUGGCAGAGCAGAGAAGUGAAUUCAUUCGCUUGUUUAGUUGUUGAAAAAUUGUUCUUAAACGAAAAAAAGAAUUUCCCAUGUAAAGUCGAUGCCUCGAAAUUAGUAAACAAUUAA